AUGGUCUCGUUCACUCUUCUCCUCACGGCUCUUGCCGCCUCGGUCGCCACGGCCAGCCCGCUUGAGGCUCUCAAGCGUGGCAUCCAGCCCGGCACCGGAACCCACGACGGCUACUUCUACUCCUUCUGGACCGACGGCCGCGGAUCGGUCGACUACAACAACGGACCCCGUGGCUCGUAUAGCGUCUCGUGGAACAACGUCAACAACUGGGUUGGCGGCAAGGGCUGGAACCCGGGCCCGCCGCGCAAGGUUGCCUACAACGGCACCUGGAACAACUACAACGUGAACAGCUACUUGGCUCUCUACGGCUGGACCACCAACCCCCUCGUCGAGUACUACAUCGUCGAGGCCUACGGCACCUACAACCCGUCUUCUGGCACUUCCCGUCUCGGCACAAUCGAGGAUGACGGCGGCACCUACGACAUCUACAAGACUCGCCGCGUCAACCAGCCGUCCAUCCAGGGCACCUCGACCUUCGACCAGUACUGGUCCGUCCGUCGCCAGAAGCGCGUCGGCGGCACCAUCGACACCGGCAAGCACUUCGACGAGUGGAAGCGCCAGGGCAACCUCAACCUCGGCCAGUGGAACUACAUGAUCAUGGCCAGCGAGGGUUACCAGAGCUCCGGAUCAGCCAACAUCGAGGUCAGGGCUGCGUCCUAA